AUGGAGACCGACCUGUGCCGAAUCAUUCACUCAAAGGAGAGUCUAAGUGACGAUCAGGUGCAGUAUUUUCUGUAUCAAAUGCUUUGCGGCAUUCACUAUCUACAUUCCGCGAAUGUAUUGCACCGUGACAUCAAGCCGAGCAAUAUUCUCGUGAACUCGGACUGCCAGAUCAAGAUCUGUGAUUUUGGACUUGCGCGGCAUGCUAAUGAUCGAGACCUUGCAGAAGGACUGUCGGAAUAUGUGGUCACACGGUGGUAUCGUGCUCCCGAGCUAUUGUUGGCUAAUGCGUACACAAAAGCAAUCGAUAUGUGGGCAAUUGGCUGCAUUUUUGCCGAGCUAUUGGGUCGACGGAUCAUGUUUCCUGGCACGUCAUAUGUGGAUCAGCUCAAGAUGAUUGUAGACAUUGUCGGCACGCCCACGACCUUUAGCUUCUGCGAUAACCCCGUUGCGUGCCGCUACGCCGGACGCCAAUUUUUGAUCCAAAGCCAGAAGGUGCCAAAAGUAGAUUGGGCGCAGGUUUUCCCAGAAGCUAACCCGGAUGGACUCGACUUGCUAGAUCGCCUGCUACAAUUCGACCCAGCCAACCGCAUCACAGCUGCCGAGGCGCUAGAACACCCAUACGUGAGCCAAUGGCGUAAUCCGCAGCUGGAACAGCCGUGCCACGCUGACGUAGCGACAAAGCUCACGCAGUUUGAUUACGCUCAAGUGUCGUAUGAUCCGCAGACAUUGAAGGACCUACUCUAUCAGGAGGUCAUGAAGGCCCAGCUUCCACCACAGCAGCAGGAAACUAUUGCCGAGUAA